AUGGAAAGCCCUCACGAGCAUCAGCAGAACUUGCUGCUCUCUCGAAUCAUUACCAAUGUGGAGAAACUCAAUGAAGCUAUUAUGCUUCUGAACAAAAGUCUUCAGGAGAUCAACAUCCAGAAUAUGAACGUUGAACUUGUCGCCCAAAUGUUCAAGAACUACCAGUCAAACGUCCUCUUCCACCUGGAAGCAACGGAUUCCCUCAAAGAUCCUUCGUAG